AUGUACAGGCAAAUCUUGAUAAGGUCUGAGGAUCGAGUGUGGCAACACGUACUAUGGCGUGAAUCCCCUUCCUUGCCUGUUCAAGAAUUUGACCUUCGUACGGUCACAUACGGAGUCAAAAGCUCGCCGUACUUAGCAAUACGAACAUUACAUCAAUUAGCUACAGAUCACGGUGAUCAGUUUCCUCAUGCUGCUGAAGCUCUUCGGCAUCAUACUUAUAUGGACGAUAUUACUACAGGUACUUCCUCAGUCGAAGCAGCCUCUCAGCUUAAAGAAUAUUUAAUCAAUCUCCUUAAUUGUGCUCAGCUAGAUUUGCGUAAGUGGAGCAGUAACAGCCCUUUAUUUCUUCGAUCGUUACCCAUGGAACAUUGUCAGUGUCCGAAGACAUUUUCUGAUGAUAGUUCAAUAAAGCUUAAGGUUUUGGGAGUUCAAUGGGAUCCUGAGGAAGACUAUUUCACUUACUCCGUCUCUCCUGUGAAUGUGGAGUUUACGAAACGUUCAAUCCUGUCCCACGUAGCUCGUAUUUAUGAUCCGUUGGGUUGGCUUUCACCUUUUAUUCUUUUCGCCAAACUACUUCUUCAAAACUUAUGGCGUAUUGGAUUGUCUUGGGAUGAAAUCAUUCCCGCCAAUCUGUGUGACGAUUGGGUUUCAUUUGUGUCUGACUUGUCUAAUAUAAAAUCGAUAAAAAUCCCUCGUAAAACCGUGAUUGACUUAGCAGCUACACACCAGCUGAUUGGGUUUUGCGAUGGAUCAACCAAAGCAUAUGGGUGCUAUGUCUAUCUUCGAUCAAGUAUCGAUGAUCAAAAACAAGUUUCUCUUUUGAUUUCUAAAUCUAAAGUGGCUCCGAUUAAGCCUCUAACAGUUAAUCGUUUGGAGUUGUGCGGUGCGCUCUUGUUAUCACGUACUCUCAAACACAUGCAAACUUUACUUAUUUCGAAAAUAAAUAUAUCUCAUAUUGUUGCCUACACUGAUAGCUUAACUGUAUUAGCUUGGAUCAAUACCGAGCCUUACAAACUGAAACCUUUUGUUGCACAUCGAGUAGUUAAAAUAACUGACGCAUUUGAACCUUCUAUCUGGAGGCAUGUCUCGACUCAGGACAAUCCUGCUGACUUUCCUAGCCGAGGUCUCUCGUGUGCAGAAUUGGUCAAUUGUACGCGAUGGUGGUCAGGACCAGAUUGGAUGCUUAGUGGUCCAGAUCACUGGCCAGCUCAAAGUCGGUGUGAGCCCCAAGAUGAGUUGCCAGAGUUCAGAACACGCACUCUGAUUGCUCAAUCUCGGGAAUCUGAUAAAGACAUUAUGAAGGUGUUAUUAAAUCGGUAUUCAUCCUUAUCGCGACUACAACGAGUAUUGGCAUGGGUCUUUCGCUUCAUUUCUAAUUCGCGCAAAGAACAAAGCCAACGCGAGAAAGGUCACUUGACUACGAAUGAGGUAAAGUGCUCUCUGCUUAGCCUUAUUAAAUAUGUCCAAUGGGGCAGCUUCAAUCAAGAGAUGUCUCAAUUAAAAUCGCAGGAGCCUCUACCUAAAUACUUACAAAAGUUGUCUCCGUUUAUUGAUAACCUAGGACUCAUGCGAGAGGGUGGACGACUUACUAAUUUCAAUUUACCUGAACACACAAAACAUCCAUAUUUGUUACCGAAACAAUCUAUUUUAUCUCAAUUAUUAGCUAUUAUCAUAAACGGUAUUUGCACUGUGGACCUCGCACGUUACAAUCUCUAA